AACAACAGUAUCAUUUUUUUCAUUUCAAGCUGAAGAUUUACAGCCAUACAUCUUUUCAUGCAUAUUAAUGAUUUAAAGAGGAAGGAAGCCAGGCCGCUUUUUAACAGCUUGAUAUAUGUUAAAUACCAAUGUACCAACCACAGAAGACACACUCUGUCUUCAUAGACUACAUCCUCCUUCUUUAAUGUAGACAUGUUUACUGUGAGUUACUGACACACAGUAUUUCUCAUGUAUGUGAUCUAGCUGCUGAUUUAACAGAGACCAGAGGAGCAGCUAUGAGUUUAACAGCAGCAGCGAGUGGAUUUGUUGUCUUCCUUCUCUCUGUACAAGUGAUACAGGGUCAGAAUGACUGGGGAGUGACUUACACCUCUACUCAGAUCUGUGCUGUAAAAGGAUCAACAGUGGAAAUACACUGCAGCUACAGAUAUCCAUCCAGAAUAAAUGCUACAGUUGAGAGAACAUUCUGGUUCACUAAGUUGCAGGAUAAAGAGCCUGUGGAUCUGAGAACAGACUCAAAGUAUUCAGGUCGUGUGCAGUACAGGUGUCAUGAGAAGAGCUGCACUCUGAGAAUCUCAGACCUGAGAGAGAGAGACUCAGCUGAGUACAAGUUCAGGUUCAUAACAAACCAAGAUGGAAAAUAUUCUGGUUUACCUGGAGUCACUUUGUCUGUCACAGGUUUCCAGGUGCAGAUAGGUGAAUCAAGAUUAUGCAGAGUUGAAACCUGUACAUGGGCAGAGUUGGAGUGUCACAGCAGUUGUAGCCUACCUGGUCGUUCUUCCUACAUCUGGUACAAGAAUGGAAAGAAAAUAAAUCAACAAUCUUUUUCUUAUUCGGACUACUCUUAUCCUACUGACAGCUAUUCCUGCACCCUUAAUGCAUAUAAGGAUUUCCCCUCUCCUUCAGUGUGUGGCCAUGGACAUUCAUGCAACACAGUGACGUACACUGACAGAAGUGUCUGCGCCUUCAAAGGUUCUUCAGUGGACAUUUCUUGCACUUACAAAAGUCUUAAAUCUAUCAAAUCAACAUUCUGGUUCAGUCCUGAACGUAGUCGUCGUUGGCAGAAUCCUUCCCAGCCUGAAGACCUUAAAACGGACUCCCAGUAUGCAGAUCGUGUUCAUGUUGCAACAUGGAGAGGAUACUCCACUCUGAGAAUCUCUGACCUGAGAGAGAGCGACUCAGCUGAGUAUCACUUCAAAUUCAUAACACCAAACUUUGAAUGGAGGAGUAGUUUACCUGGAACAACUCUGACUGUCACAGAUCCAGAUCUGCAGGUGCAGGUGAUCUGGUCUUCGACUGGUCCAAAGCUGAUUUGUCACAGCAGCUGUCUUACUGACCGCUCUUCCUUCCUUUGGUACAAGAAUGAAAUAAUGAUUCAGGAAGAAACAUCUCCUUCUUACGGAGGUCACGUUGAUCCUGCAGACAGCUAUUCCUGUUCUUACCAGAGAUACCGCUCUACUCCAGUGUAUGCUCCGAAGCUUUUCUCUGUGUUGAGGACUCCCCCUGGUGACAUUAUGAAGAAUGAUUCAGUGACUCUGACCUGUAGCAGUGAUGCUAACCCAGCAGCUAAAUACACCUGGUACAAGGAGAACCAAACACUGCUCAGUGAAGAACCACAGCUUGUCUUCAGCUCCAUCCAGCCCUCUGACUCUGGACAGUAUUACUGUACAGCUCAGAAUGAGCUCGGGAGGAGGACAUCUGAAUCUGUAUUUAUUAAUGUGAAUUAUGGUCCAAAGCUUCCCUCUGUGUCAGUGAGUCCCUCUGCUGAGAUAGUGGAGGGCAGUUCAGUGACUCUGACCUGUAGCAGUGAUGCUAACCCAGCAGCUAACUACACCUGGUACAAGGAGAAUGAAGACUCACCAAAAGCAUCAGGACAGAUCUUCACCAUCACUGACUUCAGAGCUGAACACAGUGGGAAUUAUUACUGUGAAGCCCAGAACAGAAGAGGACGUCAGAACUCCACCUUACAUCUGACUGUUGUAGCAGGUGCAUGGAAAUCAGCAGCUACAGGAACAAUCACAGCUGUUCUCCUGGUUAUCCUACUCCCCGCCGCCUUCCUGUGGAUCAGAAGAAAACAUAAGUCUGUCACACAGUCUAAUGGUGAAGAGAGACCUGACAACAGAGCACAGAUAAACAUGGGUCCAGCUGCAACACAGAGACAACCAGCAGAACAGGAAGAUGACCUUAACUACUCCAGCAUCUGCUUCCCUCAGAACCAGGGAGACGCUCUCUACUCCAACAUCAGGCCACCUCAGCCCCGCAGGCAAACAGAGGAGCAGGACGAUGAUGUUGAUUACACCACUGUCAAAACGGAGAAUGGCAGUAGCGCCCCAGGAACAAGACGUCAAGACGAUGGGGAGGAUGUAUUUGCACUGUACAGCACGGUCAACAAAUGAACUCAACAUUGAUCUGUGGUCUGUUAUUUAUUAUUUUUCUAUGCACUUUGUUUAAGCAGGUAGCUAUGGUUAGAAAUAUUGUGCAUUCCUCAGGACAGACACC